AUGCGCAGAGAGAACGAGGUCCGCCGAGGGGAGCGCCUCGAUGCUCGUGGCCGGACCGAAGAGGUCGCCUCAGUCAGCCCGCGCUCGGCCGCGAGAGGGCGGGCCGCCCCUUUGGGAUGCCAUGUGGGAGGCCUGUUUCUUCUGUGCCUUUCUAUCCUACACUAUGCUCAAGCUGAUGCAGACUGUGGACCACGGGUUGCAGCCCUCCUAGGUUCCAAGCAAGAUGUUACCUCUGCAGGUGAAUUCCCUUGGGUGGUGUCCCUGCGUGAUUUCUAUAACAAUCACAUUGCCAUGGGAUGUAUCCUGAGCCAGUACUGGAUAAUCAGUGUGGCUGCCAGUUUUCAGAACAGGAGCCAGAUUUUUGCUGUGCCGGAAGUCACAGGUCAGAAGAGCAGCAGAAGCACUCCCUUCCCUAUCAGCGCCAUCUUCCUCCCUGAAGACUUCGAUGAACUCACUCUUGCCCACAACAUUGGCCUUUUGAAGGUGGCUGACCCCCUCGAAUUCAGUGAGACCGUGCAGCCCAUCUGUUUCCCCCACGAAGACUUUCCCACCAACGCUCUGAAGAGCUGUGUGGUUGCAGGCUGGCGGAAUCCUCGUGCGGGACGUGGCUCUCUGAUGAAGCUCCCUGUGGAAGAUAUUGACCCCUGUCCUCUGAAAAGAACCAUGACUACCGAGUGUUCCAGUCACAGGGAAGGGGACGACGCAGUGGGAUGCCUGGGGGACCCGGGCAACCCUCUCAUGUGCCAAGCAACGGAAACAGGCCACUGGCUGCUGAAAGGAGUACUGACUGAGGGAGGCACCAGAUGCUACGGUCCAUUCCUCUACACCAGGCUGUCCCAUUACAGCGACUGGAUUGUAACCACCACAGCAAAAGGAGGAGCUCCCAUCUAUCCCACCCUUGGCAGGAGAGACUUUGCCGUCCGGACUCCAGCGGAGGAGCCCAGGGGAGUACUGGAACCCUUUCUAGACAGCAGAGUUCUUAAUUUCUCAAAGGCUUCAGAAGAUCAUCCUCUCAGUUCUGAUGCAGAGCCACAGGAGGGGAGUGCAGAAGAAUUUUUAGAUGGGCCAGCUAGGCCACAGGGCAAAUCUCUUCCAGUCUACUAUGAUUAUUACAGUGGUGAGCAGCUCCCCAUUUCCACAGCAAACAGAGGUCAGCCCCAUGGGCUGCUCACUGUCAGCUUCUUGCUUCAUCUCCUGACUUGCUCAAUGACUGCUUGA